CAUGAUGGCGGCGACAAACAUUCAAGUUCGUUUCUGGCUUAGUAUUGCUCGCACCGCGCUCGGAGCAACACGUACUUAUAGCGCGUUUACAAGACAAAACUAUUUUCUCGUGAUUUGUUUUGGUGACAAACAGAGGUGCAGGAUUUAGGUGUGCGAUUGUGUGGUUAUGUGUCGGCGAGUGAUAUGACAUCUUGCGCCGCCAGACGGACUCCAGCCGUCUUCAUGAGGAUAUUGGUGACAAGUUUGGCCCCGAGAUCAUGGUGGCUCCCAAUCCCGAGGCUACUUCGAAUCCUCGGAUAACGUCUGCACAAGAAUCUCCCUCAGCUGCCGAGGCGCGCCACAGCGCAGAUUUGUAUAUUCGUACGAGUUGGGUUGACGCAGCUCUAGCGCUCUCAGAACUUGAAAAGGGUAAUAUUGACGGUGGAAGAUCAUCGCUGUGGAUACGAGCCUGGUUGCAGGAGCAGCUCUUCAUCCUCGGCUGUUUCCUUCAAGGGGACGCUGGGAAAGUCCUGUUCGUCGCCAUCUUGGUCUUAUCAACGUUCUGUGUCGGCCUGAAGUCUGCGCAAAUACAUACAAGAGUAGACCAGCUCUGGGUUCAAGAGGGCGGAAGACUUGAAGCUGAAUUAAAAUACACCGCUCAAGCCUUGGGAGAGGCAGACUCUUCCACGCAUCAACUUAUAAUUCAAACUGCCAAAGAUCCAGACGUUUCUCUCUUGCAUCCGGGACCCUUACUGGAACAUCUGAAGGUGGUCCACGCAGCUACCAGGGUGACGGUGCAUAUGUAUGACAUCGAAUGGCGGCUGAAGGACCUCUGCUACAGCCCCAGUGUGCCCGACUUCGAGGGCUACCACCACAUCGAGUCCAUCAUCGACAACGUCAUCCCCUGCGCCAUCAUAACUCCGCUCGACUGCUUCUGGGAAGGAUCCAAAUUACUCGGACCGGACUAUCCCAUUUUUGUUCCCCAUCUAAAGAACAAGCUGCAAUGGACGCAUCUCAAUCCCUUGGAGGUGAUAGAGGAAGUGAAGAAGUUGAAGUUCCAGUUCCCUCUGAGCACGAUGGAGGCGUACAUGAAGCGAGCUGGUAUCACGUCCGCUUACAUGAAGAAGCCGUGCUUGGACCCCAGAGACCCACACUGCCCAGCCACCGCUCCGAACAAGAAGUCUGGUCAUAUUCCAGAUGUAGCGGCCGAGCUGUCCCACGGAUGCUACGGUUUCGCAGCGGCGUACAUGCACUGGCCAGAGCAGCUGAUAGUAGGUGGAGCAACCAGAAACACCACUUCAGCCCUACGCAGUGCAAAGGCUCUUCAGACUGUUGUACAGCUUAUGGGAGAAAGAGAGAUGUACGAGUAUUGGGCCGACCAUUACAAAGUUCAUCAAAUCGGCUGGAAUCAGGAAAAGGCAGCUUCGGUUUUGGAUGCUUGGCAGAGAAAGUUUUCUGCUGAGGUCAAGAAAAUAACAACAUCCGGGCAAAUUUCUCAGGCUUACAGUUUCUAUCCGUUUUCGACAUCAACGCUGAAUGAUAUUCUUGGAAAGUUCUCUGAAGUUUCACUAAGGAACAUAGUACUGGGAUACAUGUUCAUGCUAAUUUAUGUUGCGGUUACACUUAUUCAAUGGCAGGAUCCAAUUCGUUCUCAAGCAGGAGUUGGUAUUGCUGGCGUUUUAUUGCUUUCAAUCACAGUAGCUGCAGGCUUAGGAUUUUGUGCUCUAUUAGGAAUACCUUUCAAUGCAUCAAGUACCCAAAUAGUCCCGUUCUUAGCGCUAGGGUUGGGUGUCCAGGAUAUGUUUCUUCUCACUCACACUUACGUGGAGCAAGCGGGAGAUGUGCCCAGGGAGGAGAGAACUGGUCUCGUUCUAAAGAAGAGUGGGUUAAGCGUGUUGUUAGCGUCAUUAUGCAACGUAAUGGCGUUUUUGGCUGCUGCCUUGUUACCAAUACCAGCUUUUCGAGUAUUCUGUUUACAGGCUGCCAUUCUUCUCCUCUUCAACUUGGGUUCAAUGCUCUUAGUAUUUCCGGCAAUGAUAUCUCUUGACUUACGCCGUAGAUCUGCAGCAAGAGCAGAUCUCUUAUGCUGCCUGUUACCAGAGAGUCCAUUGCCGAGGAAGAAGCUUCCAGAAAGAUCUAGAAAUAAAAAUGGGAGAAAUGAAAAGACUAGAGAUUUGUCACGGCAACCUCUGGAUCCCGAGGUGACGGAUGAGGAGACCAAAACCUGUUGUCUUAGUAUAUCCCUUACGAAAUGGGCUAAGAAUCACUAUGCACCUUUCAUCAUGAGACCUGCUGUCAAGGUAACAUCAAUGUUAGCCCUUAUUGCGGUCAUUCUGGCGAGUGUCUGGGGAGCUACUAAAGUAAAGGAUGGACUUGAUCUGACCGACAUUGUACCUGAGAACACCGGCGAACAUGAAUUCCUCAGUCGCCAAGAGAAAUACUUUGGUUUUUACAACAUGUACGCAGUUACCAAGGGAGAUUUUGAAUAUCCAACGAAUCAGAACUUACUAUACGAAUAUCACGAACAAUUUGUUAGAAUACCCAAUAUUAUCAAGAACGAUAAUGGCGGACUUCCCAAAUUCUGGUUAAGUCUCUUCCGAGAUUGGCUUUUAGAUUUACAGGUAGCUUUCGACAAAGAAGUUGCGAACGGCUGUAUCACUCAGGAAUAUUGGUGUGGUAAUGCUAGCGAUGAAGGCAUUCUUGCUUACAAACUAAUGGUGCAAACUGGGCAUGUGGACAAUCCGAUAGAUAAAUCCUUAAUAAACUCAGGACAUCGAUUAGUUGAUAAAGAAGGGAUAAUCAAUCCAAAGGCCUUUUAUAAUUAUUUAUCAGCAUGGGCUACCAAUGAUGCAUUAGCGUACGGAGCUUCACAAGGAAAUCUUAAACCGCAACCGCAAAGAUGGAUUCAUUCACCGGAAGAUGUACAUUUAGAGAUAAAGAAAUCAUCUCCCUUGAUAUAUACACAACUUCCAUUUUACUUGUCCGGAUUGAGUGAUACAGAUAGUAUUAAGACAUUGAUAAUGUCUGUACGGGACUUGUGUUUGAAGUAUGAAGCGAAAGGAUUACCGAACUUCCCGUCUGGAAUACCAUUCUUGUUUUGGGAGCAGUAUUUGUACUUGAGGACGUCACUGUUGCUGGCACUGGCUUGUGCUCUUGUAGCUGUAUUUCUGUGUGUUAUGAUAGCGGUACUGAACGCCUGGGCAGCCUUGCUGGUGACUGUGUCUCUGGGAGCCCUGGUGCUACAGUUGGUAGGUGCUAUGGCUCUACUGGGGGUCAAGCUAUCUGCCAUGCCUGCGGUACUUCUGGUGCUGGCGAUCGGGCGUGGAGUUCACUUUACGCUGCAUCUAUGUUUGGCGUUCGUGACAUCUAUUGGAUGUAAGCGACGUCGGGCUUCCCUGGCCCUGGAGAGCGUUCUGGCUCCAGUGGUCCACGGGGCGGUGGCUGCUGCCCUCGCAGCUUCCAUGUUGGCCGCCAGUGACUUCGGCUUUGUGGCCCGGCUGUUUCUGCGACUGCUGCUGACAAUGGUGGUGCUCGGAUUGAUGGAUGGACUGCUAUUCUUCCCGAUAAUACUCUCCAUACUUGGACCGGCCGCUGAGGUACGGCCAUUGGAGCAUCCAGAGCGGCUAUCAACACCAUCAUCGAAGUCAUCACCGGUGCACCCUCGCAAGUCCAGCCACAGCUCGAGCGGCGGAGACAAGUCGAGCCGCACCAACAAGUCUGCCCCACGAGCGAGCGCUCCAUCACUCACCACCAUCACCGAGGAACCUUCCAGCUGGCACAGCUCCGCGCACUCUGUCCAGUCUUCCAUGCAGUCGAUCGUUGUGCAGCCUGAGGUGGUGGUGGAAACCACCACGUACAAUGGCAGCGAUUCCGCGUCUGGCAGAUCUACACCCACUUCGAAAUCGUCGCACGCCGGUUCUAUUACGACGAAGGUUACUGCAACAGCUAACAUCAAAGUUGAGGUUGUAACGCCGGGCGAUAGAAAAUCACGUAGAUCGUAUCAUUAUUACGAUCGGCGUAGAGAUCGUGAUGAUGACAGAGAAAGAGACAGGGACAGGGAUCGCGACCGAGAAAGAGACAGGGAUAGAGAACGGGACAGAGACCGUGAUCGUUCCCGGGACAGGCGAGACAGAUACAGAGACGAAAGGGAUCAUAGAGCUUCACCGAGAGAGAACGGAAGAGAUUCUGGCCACGAGAGCGAUUCAUCGAGACAUUGAAACGAAAAUUAUCGAUAAUCGAGUGAGAUUAGAAUUAGAACGUUCUAUAUAUUAAAGAGAUAUAGACGAAGCUAUUUAAAUAAACAAGAACUUUAUAUUUAUUAAAGAUAGUGUUAUAAAUUUGUAGACACAUUUUGACAGUGCUGUGUGAAAUUAACUAUUAAACGAAAUCGGCAUCUUUACCUAAAGUAAUGGAGUUACUUUUUAGUUGAGAUUAGUUUAAACGUGUUUUUAAAUCCAUUUAUGUUAGCGUUAUGCCUUAAGGCAAGUAUUACGAGAUUUUAUUUUAGGAUUUCGUGUAAGUUGAGGCUAUAUUCGUGCCUAGAGUAAUAUCGUGCUCCGAGAAAUAUGACUAGAGUGUACUCUAGUUGCCAAAUUGAAGAAUCAUUCGACAAAUGGACUUGCAUUGUUGGUUAAGGAACCGUAACAUUAUUUUAUAAAUCUAUUUUCUUUCAAGGUAUACGCAUAACAAUAGAUACUACAUAGGUUGUAUGUUCUAUGCAGUCUUUCUAAAAUUAUAUACUUUAAUUUAUUUAAAUUAUAAUGUAGUCUGUCGACCUAUAUUUUAAUAUGCAAUAAAUUUUAAUAAAAAUUUACAAGAUUAGCAUGAGACAGUGAAAUCUUCGUUUAUCUUUUAACGAAUAGUACACUCUUGUAAUGUAAGAAAUUCUACUUUUAGUGGCUUUACUGGCCAUGUAAGGUAAGACUAGAUGUUAAAUACGAAGUGUCUGCAUAGUUAAAAGUAUGACAGAGUAUAUAUCCAAAUGGAGACGCCAUUGUAAGGCGCGUAUAAAAAAUAAUUAUUGUAAUAGUAAAAGAUACAUAAACAGCUUGGAUCGUAAUUUGUUUGCGUUAUUGUUCAUUUAUAAACAUACUAGCUGACCCGACAGACGUUGUUCUGUUCAUAAUUAAAAAAAAACUUGGAAUUUCGUAAAAUCCGUUCUUAGCUGACCGUCUUUAGCUCUAAUGGUUCCAGAGAUAUCGUGAUGAGUGACUAUUUACGUGGAAAUCUCUUUUAUAUAUAUAGAUAUUUUAAAUGCAAAAAAUGUCUAUUUUAGUAGCAUUCUUUAAAUUUUUGUUUGCAUAGAAUGAGAAGCAUAAGCAAUGUUAGGUAUAAGAAGUGAAAAUGUUGCUCUUCCGCAAUUUGUAUAUAGGUAUUAUUAAAUCAAACGUCACGGGAUAAUACUGUUCAUAAUAAAGUUAUUAGGGAGAGGAAUCAAUCCCCUUUAUAUAAUACAUCAAAUCAAUGUAAAUUCAAUUCAAUAGAACUAUAAGUAUUCUCUCAGUACUAUAAAAGGUGCCUCUACUUAACUCCGUGGCUCGAGUAAAACAAACUAUAUAUUUAAUUAAUUGCUUAUGCGCCUGGGGUCUCUAUUUGGUUAAAUAAUCUAAGUAAAAUUAAAUAUUGAAAUACUUUAAUAUUUAAAAUAGCGUCAACAAGUCACUUGUACGGAGUGCUUCAUUUUGUUUAUCACUCUUGUGUGUUCCUAUCUGAAGACAUUGUUACACAUGUAAAGACUGUGCUACUUUAAUUUAUCGUUAUUAUUAUUUAUUAUCUGUCAAUUAAUUAAUUAAUUUUUAAAAGUGUAAUCAGUGAGUCGGAUUUAUUGUACAAAUUAAUUUAGGUGUAUAUUACUUAAGGCAUUUAUUUAUGAGAUUACUAAGAUAUUUUAAUACAUGUAUGUAAAUGUUUUAGCUGUAGUUUGAUGUUAAAGCUCAUGACGAGUAAAGACUGGAUUUGAAUGGCUUUUAAUUAACACAUAAAAAUUAUUUGAAUCGAAUACAACAUGUUUUGAUACACAAAAUUAUUUAUUUCAGUCUCAAUAUCUUGUAUAUUUACCCAUUGAAAAUAGAUACACAUGCAUAUUCUGAUUUAUAACAACCCCGCCAUUUUGUUUUCAAAAUGGCCCAGUGUUUUAUGUAACAGCAUCUUAAAUAUAUUAAUUCGAACAAUGCUAUUUUUAACUAGGCAUUAUUUAUAUGAAGUCAAUUCUUAUCAUACCUCAUCGAAAUUAAAAAAGAAAAGUGUAAAACCCAAGGACGUCAAUACUGGAGUGAGUUUUGAACAAAUGACAGGAAAAAACGAGGGAAAUAAUGUGGAGAUGCGGCCAUUAUUUGUCUCUUUCUAGGAUUUAGUUAGGAUUCCCACCUCAUACGCUUUUUCUUUGUCUAUGUACACUACAGUUCUAGGAGACAGUAAUUAUUUAAGAAAAGAGACAGAGCGCUUUUGCUCUACGUCCGAUCUGAAACCGAUCUAUGGUAGUUUACGCAAAAGAUCCGGCUUCCGUCAUCCGAUUUUUUUCCGUCAACCUUAGAAAUAGUUUUACGACUACAUCGGGUGGUUUCACGGGUUCAGAUGGUAUUCGGAUCGGACGUACUUCGAAAGCGCUCUAAUAAUAUUGUUGACGCUUGGUUUUUUUUUUCGGAUUGGUUAGUUUUGUAUUGGUAUUGCUCCAUUCUUUGUCUAUGGUCAAAACAAACCUUACCUCAUUUUUUCGUCGUCGAAGCGUUGUGACUAUGCGCAAAGUACUUAUUAGUUAGUUUAUUUAAUUUAUCUGUAUGCAGUAUAGUUAGACUCUGUAAAUAUUGUAAUUAAGGUGAAUAAUGUAACGCACAAGUAACCUAUCUUAUAAGGCAACAUUAUACUUGUGGUCUGAUCAUUUUAUAUAAAAUAUGACGUAUUGUCAAAAAACUAGAAAAUAAACGGAUUUUUAAAUGAUGUCAAUUUUUUUCUUCUUGUUUUUAAUUCUACAAAAUUUGCAUUUCAAUACACCUAUAAUGAAAUACAGUAUUCAUAGAGAAUGUUUUUUUCUUUUCUUAAUUUACAAAAUUACAGAUUAUGAAAUCAAUUUAAGUGCAAACAGACGCUCAGAAUUGGUUUUGUAAUAUUAUUUGAUUGGAAUCCAUCUAUGCGCGGUAUAACAAUAUUAUACCAAAAUAUUACUGUAAAACUAAAAUUGCCACUUUUAAAUUAAAUUUGUUGUCCAAAUUAAACUUAAUUAUAUACCAUUCACGAACGUAAUACAAAAAAAUAAUAAUAAAACAAAAUAUCAAAUUAAAAUACCGGAUUAUUGGACGGACGGUAUAAAAAUGUACUUAUGACAAUAAAAUAUAAAUGUUACUAGUAUUAACUGUGACUACAAAAUAUAAAACGUAACAAAAAUGUAAAUUAAUUGUAUUAUAAAAAAAUAAUAUUUUAUCUGUAAAUAUUACAUUGUUUAAUUUACAUUAAAAUAAAUCAUGGUCAAUUUC